CCUCAAGGUAUUCGGAACUCGUAGUCUUUAAUCAGACCACAAAGGUCCUGAAAGUUAAAAAGGACCUGGAAGCUGCUCCUUCCGCCCGGGCCUGGUCUCCGCAGAGGAUCUGGUGCCGUCAUGUCGGCUGCGAUUGCAGCUCUGGCUGCGUCCUAUGGUUCGGGUUCAGGGUCCGAAUCGGACUCGGACAGUGAGGGUGGUCAGUGUUCCCUUCCAGCCGCCGACUCCCUCAUGCACUUGACGAAAUCAGCUUCGACCAAACCCUCUCUGGCAGUGGCGGUGGACUCCGCUCCGGAGGUGGCAGUUAAGGAAGAUUUGGAGACUGGAGUUCACCUUGACCCUGCUGUCAAAGAAGUUCAGUAUAAUCCUACCUAUGAGACCAUGUUUGCUCCUGAGUUUGGACCAGAAAAUCCCUUUAGGACACAGCAAAUGGCUGCCCCUAGGAAUAUGCUUUCUGGAUAUGCUGAACCAGCUCAUAUCAAUGAUUUUAUGUUUGAACAGCAAAGAAGAACGUUUGCCACAUACGGUUAUGCAUUAGACCCUUCAUUAGAUAACCAUCAAGUGUCUACUAAAUAUAUUGGUUCAGUAGAAGAAGCUGAAAAAAAUCAAGGUUUAACCGUGUUUGAAACUGGUCAGAAAAAGAUAGAGAAGAGGAAAAAGUUCAAAGAAAAUGAUGCAUCUAAUAUUGAUGGUUUCUUGGGACCAUGGGCAAAAUAUGUGGAUGAAAAAGAUGUAGCCAAACCCUCAGAAGAAGAACAAAAAGAAUUGGAUGAAAUUACAGCAAAGAGGCAGAAAAAAGGCAAACAGGAAGAAGAGAAACCUGGGGAGGAGAAGACAAUCCUACAUGUUAAAGAAAUGUAUGACUACCAAGGUAGAUCCUAUCUUCACAUACCUCAGGAUGUUGGUGUUAAUCUUCGGUCGACUGUGCCACCUGAGAAGUGUUACCUUCCCAAAAAGCAAAUUCAUGUGUGGUCUGGACAUACGAAGGGCGUCAGUGCCGUCAGAUUAUUUCCUCUCUCUGGCCAUUUAUUGCUGUCUUGUUCCAUGGACUGUAAAAUCAAGCUCUGGGAGGUUUAUGGAGACAGACGCUGUCUGCGAACAUUUAUUGGCCACAGCAAAGCCGUUAGGGACAUCUGCUUUAAUACUGCAGGGACGCAGUUCCUCAGCGCAGCUUACGACAGGUACCUUAAGCUCUGGGACACAGAGACAGGACAGUGUAUAUCAAGAUUUACAAACCGAAAAGUGCCCUAUUGUGUCAAAUUUAAUCCCGAUGAAGAUAAGCAAAAUCUCUUUGUAGCUGGUAUGUCUGAUAAAAAGAUUGUGCAGUGGGACAUUCGAAGUGGGGAAAUUGUUCAGGAAUAUGACCGGCACUUGGGGGCCGUCAACACCAUUGUUUUUGUUGACGAGAACAGGAGAUUUGUGAGCACAUCCGAUGAUAAGAGCCUAAGAGUUUGGGAAUGGGACAUCCCUGUGGAUUUCAAGUAUAUAGCAGAGCCCAGUAUGCACUCGAUGCCCGCGGUGACUUUGUCUCCAAACGGGAAAUGGUUAGCCUGCCAAUCGAUGGACAACCAAAUCUUAAUUUUUGGAGCACAGAACAGAUUUAGAUUGAAUAAGAAAAAAAUUUUUAAGGGCCAUAUGGUAGCGGGUUAUGCUUGUCAGGUGGACUUUUCACCAGACAUGAGCUAUGUGAUUUCAGGAGAUGGCAAUGGAAAAUUGAACAUCUGGGACUGGAAGACCACAAAACUCUACAGUCGAUUUAAAGCUCAUGAUAAAGUGUGUAUAGGGGCAGUGUGGCAUCCUCAUGAAACCUCUAAAGUCAUAACGUGUGGUUGGGAUGGUCUCAUUAAGUUGUGGGAUUAAUGAGAUUAAUCCUUAUCUAGGGUCAUUUUUGAUCCAAUAUCAUAUUUAACUAUAUUUAAUUAUUAAAUGUGUUGGAUGACAACUUGAUUUACAAAUUAUGAUUUCCUUACAUGGCCUUAUGAAAUUGACCCAUUGUUUAAAAAUUUUUUUUUGGCAAAUUCGGCUCACACAAUUUCAUUGGCAACUUCAUUUUGUUCUUUAUAGAUGUUAUUUAUACAGAAAUGACCAUUGGCUUUCAUUGUGGUGAGUAGUAGUUGUUGGCAGGCAGUCUGGGUUUAACGCCCUUCCCCCCUUGACAUACCGAAAGGAUCUCUUUGGGGUUGAGGAAGAAUCCCUGGUGGAUUGGGGGUUUUAAAGGAGGUAAUAUAAUUAAUGACAGAUAAUUCUGAAAGGCACCAUGUUUACCUCUUCAACAAAAAGGGAAGUAGGAGCAGGGACGAUAUAAUUUAAUGUGAAUCUGAAAGAAGGUAAAACCAUGCACAAUUACUGUUUCCAUUAUUUUUGGUGGGUCAAGUUCAGAUCUUUGGAUUCGAGAGUUCUAUUUUUUAUGACAUAUAUCGUAUGUUUACUUGUAAGGCAGCAAUCUUCUCUGACUGCAGUAUUCCUUUAACUAUUAAACAAUGGGAAAUAAACAGUCCAGAGUUUUUUUCCUUGGCUUUCUUCCCAGUCAGUAUAGACAGGACUAUAUGUUAUAAGAGAAUUAUGUUAUUUUUGAAAGUGAAACUCAAGAGAAUUGAGUCAAGACUUUGAGUUUUAUUUGUAUUUACUAUCUGUAAGGACCUGGCUACACUUCCAGAAAUCAGGGUCUCCUAGGUCAUCGAUUCAUAGAUGUUACUACUGAAAUACUCCUCAUAGGAGAUGGGGUAUGAGGGCGUCGUCUAAAAUGUCAACUUGUAAUUUCUUUGAAGUAGUGUGUUUGAUCUUUAAAACUAUUCUGAUUUUGCUUAUGAAUAUAUGCAACAGAACUUUUUAGGAGUAGAAAAAUUUUUAACUUCUCUCCGAAUCUUUGAAUAAAAUUGACACUCCAGGAAGAUGGCUGUCAUUCCCCUGUUUGAGAAGCAAUAACUAGUUGGUUUAAAAAAAAAAAAAAAGUUUAAGAACUCGGAUUGUGAAAUCAGGAUAGCCUCUUGAAUAGAGUAGCUAACAGCACUUUGGUUGAUAAGCCAUUUCUCCUGUUUUGUUACAAAUCUCUGUAAGAUAUGUGAAUAUUUGAAUGUGCUUUGAAAUAUUUCAGUACCAUGCUUAAAAACAUUGGUUCAUAGCUGCUCAGAGUGCUGACUUAGAGACCAAAAUCAUGUUGAAUGUUGAUAUCCUAAGGGCACUGGGCUCUCGAGAACAAUUCAUGCUCCUUGUGCUUAAGGACUUCCAUUUUCAAAAAAUUAACUUUUAAAAAGGCCCAGUAUAGAUGACCUGGCACUAUGGCCACAUAUAAAUAAAUUUCAAAGAAGAUAGAAAAAGAGAAUAAAAAAUGGUAAGACAUGUUAUUUUGGGGGCACACAGACACUCAAAGAAAUACGAACACACUGCCCGGCCUCUGCCUUUGUGUAUCUGCCAGUAAGAGUGGCUGCCCUUCCCAAAGAGGAAGGAAUUCACACGAAACCUUUUCUUUAGUCCCAAACCACUGGUUUUAACAAAUGUGAAUGAUUGAAUUGUGAUGGGCCAGAAAGAAUUAAUCAUACAUUUAAGCGAUCUUAUUUAGCAUCAGUAUUAUACAUGUUACAAAUCAUAAUUUCUAAAUCUGGGUUUAUUUUAUUGUGCUUUUGACUGUUUCUAAACUAAGUAACUGUAUAUAAAAGUUGUCUCUUUUUUUUAAAAAAAUCGUAUUUUUAAAUAAAGCAUUUUUUCUAGAAA